AUGUGCACAGAGCAGAAAACAGAGAAAAAACCUUGUACUUUGCUAUCUUUUGCUAAACUAAAAGAGCAGCCAGUGCUGGGCAUUCCUUCAGCAGACAAUGAGAUAUCUCAGAAAACGGAAAACAGCACUGAGCCACAAAAAGAAGUAUUUUCUCGCACAGAAAAAGAAGAAAAAAAGAAAGUCAAAGAGAGUCAGCUUAUGCUCAACUUUGGACAGAAGAGAUACACAAAGUGCCACGAGUGCGGGGUAAUGUACUGCGAAACACUUUCUUCAGAGGCGCGAUUGCACAGAAAAUUACACAGAAAAUAUGUUUCAGAAAAAGAAAAAGCUGACCAAUUGGAAAAGAAAGAAAGAUAA